GGUUGCGGGGAGCGGAUGGAGGAGUCUGGGAGGGGGAAGGAGCUGGCGGCGCCGCCGUGGGCGCCGAGCAGGUCAACGGCGUUCCGGCCCUACCCCUACGCCGCCACGGGGGGCGACUGGGCGGAGGCGCCGUCCGCCCGGGGCAAUGGGGUUGCCGCCCGCUCAAGCAACCUCCGCGCCGUCAGGAAGAGACCUCUUGUUACAAGAUUAACCAGAGACAUCAUCCAAACAUUUCAAAAAUGCAAUCCUGGGUUUAAUUACUCAGACUUGCUAAAUCCCAAGCGCUUUCUCACCAAUCCUUCAGUCGCAGCUCACAACGAUGGCCUUGAUAAUGCCAAUUCCGACCUCAUCAUGUAUGUCAACUUGGAGUUGGUUAAUAAGAAGUCAGACCGGAGGUACGUUGUCCAAGAAAUGCUUGGUCAAGGUACAUUUGGGCAGGUUGCUAAAUGCUGGGAUGCAGAAACCAACAGCUAUGUUGCGGUGAAAGUUAUCAAAAACCAGCCUGCCUUUUAUCAGCAGGCUAUCAUGGAGGUCUCACUGUUAAGCAUGCUAAAUGAAAGAUUUGAUCCUGAUGAUCAACACCACAUUGUCCGGAUGCUGGAUUUUUUCCCAUGGAAAAAUCAUUUGUGCAUCGCGUUUGAAAUGCUUGGUCAUAACCUGUAUGAGUUGUUGAAAAAGAACAGCUUAAGAGGUUUACAACUGAAAUAUGUCCGUACUUUCUCAAGACAGAUAUUGGAUGCAUUGGUUGUCAUGAAAGGAGCUGGCAUAAUUCAUUGUGAUCUAAAACCAGAAAAUAUCCUUAUAACUCCGAAUGUAAAAUCAGCAGCUGGAGUUAAAGUAAUUGAUUUUGGAUCAGCAUGCAUGGAGGGCAAAACAAUAUAUUCAUAUAUUCAGAGCCGUUAUUACAGGUCACCUGAAGUGCUUCUUGGUUAUCCAUAUACUACUGCCAUCGAUAUGUGGUCAUUUGGCUGCAUAGUUGCUGAACUGUAUAUAGGGUUGCCCUUAUUUCCUGGAGCAUCAGAAUACGAUGUCCUUAGCCGCAUGAUUGAGAUUAUCGGUGGGCAACCACCUGAUGAUCUGCUAAGGGAGGCUAAAAACACCAGGAAGUUUUUUAAACAUGUUGGAAGCAUUUAUCCUGGUAAUGGAGCACAUGGUAGUCUUGGCAGUGCAUACAGAAUACUAACAGAAGAUGAGGUUGAAGCAAGGGAUUCGAAAAAGCCAAAAGUAGGGAAAUGGUAUUUCCCUCGUGGAAGGCUUGAGAGACUCAUAUUUGCAUACCCUUGGAAGAAUUUAAAUGAGGGUGAUCUACCAGAGGCAGAAAAGGCAGAUUGCUUAGCAUUGGUUGAUUUCUUGAGAGGACUUGUUGAGUUUGAUCCUAAUAAGCGGUGGUCACCGUUGCAGGCUUCUUAUCAUCCAUUCAUAACUGGUGAAGCCUUCACUGGCCCUUAUGAGCCUUUCCGGGAGACCCCAGUAAUUCCUGUUGGUCGUGCAGCAGCAGUUGAUCACAAUCCUGGAGGAGGUCACUGGCUAGCGGCUGGCCUUUCCCCGCAGGUUGUUGGAAGCAUUAACAGGUCCCUACCAUUCAAUAACGUUUUUUCGCCAAAGAUUCCCUUAUCAUAUGGAAGCAGCUAUGGCAGCUUGGGUAGCCAUGGUAGCUUUAAUGAUAAUGUAGGUCUUGCAAGCAGCUACGGAAGCUAUGAUGCCCAUAACGUCAACAUGUAUAAUUCACCGCUAGGCCCUUCUGGAUUUAAUUUACAGUCACAAGCUGGAGGAACAUUUCUAGGGUUCAGUCCAGAUAUUAGAAGAAGGCAUCAUCUCUCUCAUGGUGGUGGCAUUCGAUCAAGUCCUGGGGGUCCAGGGCCUAUGUCUCUUGGGGCCAGUCCAUCGCAAUUUACUCCUCCAAAUUCCCAGAUGCACAUCCCAACUAGCGCUACUGCCAAGUAUGCCACUUCUCCUGCAAGGGGCAGUCAUGGCUCCUCAAUAGGAAAAGCCGCUGUGGCAGGCCAAUACAAUAGGAGAAGGAAUCUGGGUCACCCACCUAUGUCAAUGCCACCACAUGAGUACACAUCUCAGCCCAUCCAGGGACAUCAUGGAAAUGGUGCCAGUUCAGCCUUUGCUCGAGGAUAUUCUAGCCAUUCAUACGGUGCACUUCCUAAUUCUGGUCAUUAUAAUUGGAGGCCGCAAGUAGGCGCCAGCACUGGUGUAUCCACAAACUCUUCUUCCAAUCAUGGUUAUGUUCAACCAUCCAAUUACAAUGAUUUCCGUCCUUUGCACUCAUCCACCAUGCCAGCCGAUACGUUGGCCUCCACUUCAUCAGUACCAGAUCCAGCUGAUUGGGAUCCCAACUAUAGCGAUGAGUCACUCCUUCAAGAAGAUAAUUCACUGUCAGCUGAGUUAGGCAGUCUUCACCUGAGAGAUGCAAGUGGUCAAACAAUCGGGUCUAGCAGAUUGCUUGAUAUCCAAAGCCAUGAAAUUGCAAGCUCAAAUCCUUCAUCCAUGAAUCACAGAAGUGGCCGCCCAUUUCAUGCACCGUCUCUCAGAGAAAGUGGCCAUUCCACAGGUCACAUCACCUAUGAUAGUUACAACCAUGCAAAUUAUUCUCAGCAAAGUUUCCCUGGUCGUCAUGGACAACCAUUUCAGCGCUACAACCACAUAAACUCCACCUCUAUACGCCCGAUGGGGAAUCUCCAAAAUGGCCGAUCUGUCUGGUCUAACUAUAGCAUGGCAGAAUCUCCACCUCCAAUAGUUGAAGGGAUGCCCUGGGGAGAAAGGGCUGGUCACUCUUUUGGAACAAGCGGACUGCCACCGCCCUUUGGAAGAAAGGAUCUCGGGAGGAUCUUCUAGCCCUCAUCUUGGAACUGGAGGAAUGCCAUCCCAUUGAUGUCUUAAUUGGUCCAUGUUUGCAAUUCUUGGUUGCACUGCUCAAGUCAUGUUGACUUCAGUGAUUCGUAGCGUUCCUCCAAUUGGUGUCCCCCUUGUAGUGGUACUCGAAUUCAUGAAGUUAUAAUCAUAUGGGCUAUAAUUGUAGCAUUCUUUGUUCUCUCCUGGGUUGCCAUGUUUUUCAGUGUGAGAGUAUGCUAGCACGAAUCAGGUAAACGUUGUAUGCUCUCCUGGGCUGCACUUGUGUUGUGCUACCUUGUAUUUUUUACAGCCCCUGUGGUGGGCUGUGCCAAUCUGAGCUGUGCUAACAAGGCACUUGAGUUUUU